AUGACAAGUGGCGAAAUGUUGGUUGAUCCAGUCUUGGAACCAUUUUUGCCGAAAUACGAACAAAUUGAGGAUUAUAAAUAUGAUUGUGAGUUCUUUUUUGGGAUAACGUUGUACUUACUCAGAAUCAGAUAUUAGCCAUAAACUUUUACACUGAGAUCUCAGAAUCAAAAUUUCUAUUCAGAUCAAUUAUUUAUUUUCUAAGAUCCCAAUGCGGGAAUUCCCUUGGCUAAUCUCUGAGUACUUUUAGAAAUCAAAUCUUUUUUUUUAGUUGUUUUUAUUUUUCUCUUGAGUACUAUUAUUUUGGUGGGAAAUAAAUAACAGAGAUUAUUUUUCAUUCUCCGAAAAAAUCUUGAUUUUUAAAAAUUAAUCUUUGUCAGGAUACUGUAAGGACCUACCGUAACCCUAAGUACCUAAAAUAAUAAUUCUGAUGAGAUACUGUAAUUGUGAGAACGACUUUGGUACUUGCCGUAUUUCGAAAUUAUGGUACUACUGUAAAUUUUCGAAAUAUUUCAAAACACUUUAAUUUUUGUGAGAAAAUUUUUUUGUUGUUAUUUUUCAGUAAAAAUAUUAUUCUUACCUAAAAAAAAUACACAUUACUGUUUUUCUGAAUAUUUCAAAUUCAGCGAAUUUUGAAAAUGUUGAAACCUUGUAGACAUUGUUUUUAUGUGAACUGCAGAAGUUUUGGGAUUUUUAGGAACUCAAAAGGUAAGCUGAAAAAAUUCUAAUAUGUUCAUAACAUGAUUCAAUCUAGAUAAUUUUGGGUUUCCUACUGUAGCAUUAUAAUCUACAGUAUCUCAUAUCCUCAAAUGUAACACGAGGAACUUUUUAAAAUUCUAGACAAAAACGUUUUCUGAUAGUUUUCAGAAGUAUCUUCAGAUCAUGUUCCUUUAACAAAACCCCUACAGUAACCUUUUCCAGUUUCAGUGCCUGGAGGAAUGCCAAACUUCGACACAUCUCCAUCAACAUCAAACUGUGACCUCUCAUCAUCAGCUGGCUCACAAUCUUCUCGAUUAAUUUGCGAUGUUUGUGGAGAUGUUGCAUUUGGAAAACAUUAUGGAAUUAAUGCUUGUAAUGGAUGUAAAGGUUUUUUUCGUCGAUCGGUUUGGUCGCGUCGACAAUAUUCGUGUAGAUUUGGUGGAACUUGUCCAAUGAUGAAAGAGAAUCGAAAUGUAUGCAGAUCUUGUCGAUUGAAAAAAUGUUUCGAAGUUGGAAUGAAUCCAGAUUGUGAGUUUUUAGGUCAAAUGGGACCAUAUAAAGGGACACUGUUUUACCAAAUUCAGUUUUUUUUGUUGAGAAACUGUUGCUAAAUAAUUUCCUAUUUUAUCUUUGAUCUUUGAGAGAUCGUUUACGUUUCAUUUAUUGUUGUGUGUCUGGUUUUCUGACGUCAGAUAAGUGAAAACAAGAAAAGAAUAGUUAUCCUACAAAAUUUUAAUAAUAUUUAUAAAUUUUAAUUAAUUUUCCAGCUGUUCAAAAUGAACGUGAUCGAAAUGCCAAAAACGGUUUAAUGGCCAACGGCGCUCCAUCGAUAACCCCUUCUCAAAAUAUUUCCACAAACUCUACCAACUUCUCAAAUCCCAAAGAAUUAACAAUUCUUCCAAAUGGCUCAAUUCGCCGAAAACGAGCUCGACCGGAUUGUUUUGAUGCUUCAACUCAAACUGAUGCCAAAUUAGAAAUUCAAGAUGAUUAUGAUUUCGAUCAUUCAACCUCAAGUCCUCGAAUUAUCAAAACUGAACGUAUCUCAACACCACCCUCUGAUUUACCUGUUCCAAAUGAUUAUAUGUCAAUUCCAUCAAUGUUGUAUCAAAUUGAAGUGCAGGUAAUUCUUUUGAUUGUUUUUCAACAUUCAAGUUAGACGCCAAAGUACAGCUUAUCCAGGUGUUCUAUAACAAUCCAAUUGAAGUCGAUCAAUCGAUUAAUGUGACAAAGGCUCCCAUCAAUUUACCAUUUGAAAUUGUUUUUCGAAGACCUUUGAUGGUUUGUGCAAGAUAUCCGAUGAAUUUUUCGAAUGAACGAUUUUUGACACCAAAUGAUUUGAUUGAUGGAUGGAGAAGACAUUUUACAUAUUAUUCUGAUUGGUGAGUACGGUAAACACAAAAAGGAUGGGCUCGACUACUUGACAUAGAAGCUCUCAAUUUCUUGUCGGAAUGAAAAAUAUUCCAAGCUACUAUUUUCAAAAUCUAAUGUUUUUCCCCAGCUACCGUAUUCCAACAUUCUUGAUUUCAGGUGCCACGCGAUGCCAGAUUUUCUCGCACUUUCUUCCGAAGAUCAAAUAAUAAUUGCCAAGAAAAAAAUCAUUCUUCACGGCUGGUUUGUUCACGCAUAUUAUUCCUAUAAAAACAAUGUGAAUGGAAUAUGUUUCGCGAAUGGCGCAGCUCAUUUAUCCGAUCAAAUGGCUGAUCCACACAUUACUGAAUUCUAUAAAGAAUGUAUGCCAAGAUAUUUACAUUAUGUAAUUGGACCAAUGAGAAAUUAUGAAAUGGAUGAUCAUGAAAUGGUUCUCGUUAAAUCGGUCAUGUUUUUUUCGAAUGAAAGUGGAUUGAGUGCAGAAGGACGUGUUGCGGUUGCGACGGCGAGAGAAAAAUAUUUGAGUGCACUUUAUAAUUAUGAGAGAAAUGCAAAAUGUUCGACGUCGGCUCAAGCAACGCUCAGAAUUGCCAAGUUUAUGAUUAUGUUGUCCGCGAUUACGGUAAGAGAGGGGAGAAACUCUCGGGGUAGUUGCAAAUGCGAAAUUCGUAGUCUUUUUCUAAAAAAAACAUGAAAAAAUUGCAAAAAUAAAAACAAGACAACAAGACUCCGCGUUGACGACAGCUUUGUAUGCGCAUUGAAUCUGUUUUUCCAAAAAAUAUAAGAAAAACCUCAUACUCAGUUUUGAAAAUAACAAAAAUUCUAGUUUCGAGAAAGGAAAUCUAAAAUUCCAAAAAAUCAAAUCUUCGCAUUUCAAUUUUUUAAUUUUCAUUUUUUCAGAGCCUAACCCAUCUAAUGAACGAAACAGUGCAAAUGACAUCACUUUUCGAAAUAAUCCAAUUUGACGAGCUAAUUCAAGCAACUCACAAAACAACUCCACCUCAAAGAACUCCACCACCUUGA